AUGAACAGGGAGGGAUGGGAUGGGCAAUGCUUUGCUUUCAGGGGAAAUUCCUUCUUUGCAUUUCAUGUCAUUUGGGAAAAGUCAAGAGGAAGAUUUCUGGCAGCUUCAUGUCUCUCAACUAAUUGGGAAAAUGUAAAUUUUGUGCGCACAUCCGUUACCCAAUAUGCCGAAAAAAAGAGAAGGGAAGAAGAACGCAAAAGAUGA